UUGUAUCUCAUUUCUAGUUUUCAGCCGGAGGUUGUUUUUUCGUGUAAUACCGGAGUUGUGGGACUAUUUUACACAAAGAUUUGAUCCACAGCCUUAUAUGCGCGUGCUAUUUAGACUAGUUAUUUUCCACAGGUGUAACGUAGUUGAAUAUGUUUUUUCAAACAAAUCAACAAUUUUACUGCUAACUUAAAAGUAAGCAAAUUCGUCAUGAUUGCUGACUACACGAGUGAAAGAAAUCCACCAGUUCUGAUUUGGGGGUGUUGUGCGCACGCCCAUCUCAUUGGUUUUGUAACGUCGAGCGUGUGCGAGCGCGCGGUGUUAUACAGUCAAGCAACUCACUCGUAAGAAGGGAGACUUUUCAGUAGGCUUUUACCUUUUAAUAGCAAAAUUCUUGGUAUUACCACAGUUUUUUAACCAUUUAGUUUUCUUUGCGUAGAGGGCAGUAUUUCGAGCGUUUCCAUAGAAGUUAAUUUAAUUGUUACUGACAUUUAUACAUUUGCGACAAAGUUUUGACAGUCAAAACAACAUAGAAUGGCACUAACGUUAACUGCUAACUGCGAAUGUGUUAUUGAUCUCUAGCUAUUAAUCAUUCUGCAUAGACAUUUGCGAACAUGUUUUUAAACAGAAUUCUUACAGAAGAUUUUUAUCUUAACUGGUGCUUUUGGAAAGCCAGAUUCUCGUGUUGAUUUUCACUGUACAAAUCUAAUUCUGUAUUCAUAUGGGAUAACGCUCAUUUGCUUUGGGAUUUAUUUAUUUUUAUUGGAAAGUCAAGAAUGAAUUUCGAUCAGCUGUUGGCCACGAUAGACGGCUUCGGGAGGUACCAGAAGCUUUUGUAUCUAUGGAUUUGUUUACCGCAAAUAUUUCUGGGGUUUCACAUGAUGGCGAGCGUCUUUACAGGCGCCACGCCACCCCACUAUUGUCAGGGUUCACGUCUCGAGGAUCGGUCCGUUACCGGCGGCAAUCUUUCACACAUAAACUUGAGCAUCUCCCUCUUAUCUGGCUAUGCGGACUCAUGCACAGUAUUUUUAGCAGAAAAUCAGAGUGUAUACUCAAGCUGUGAAACAGGAUGGGUGUACAGCCACGAGGUAUUCGAGAGCACGAUUGUCACAGAGUGGGAUCUGGUAUGUGACAAGGCAGGUCUAAAUAGUCUGGGAUCCUCCAUAUAUAUGCUGGGUCUGCUUGUGGGAGCUGUUGUGUUUGGAGCUAUGGCAGACAGGUAUGGGAGGAGGUUUGCCCUGCUUUUAUCUUUAGCACUUCAGACAGUGUUUGGUGUGGCUGCUGCCUUUGCUCCAAACUUUCCUGUUUACGUUAUCCUGCGCUUCAUGAUAGGAACGACAGUCUCGGGGGUGAUAAUCAAUGCAUUUGUGCUCGGCACAGAAUGGACCUGUACACAGAGACGGAUGCUGGCUGGUAUCUUCACUGACUAUUUCUUUGGUUUUGGCUACAUGUUGCUGGCGGGUGUGGCUUACUUCAUCAGAGACUGGAGAAAACUACAGCUUGCAAUAUCCGCACCAGGCUUUCUCUUCAUUUUCUAUAUCUGGGUUAUUCCACAUUCAGCCCGUUGGCUGUUGGUGAAUAACAGAAAAGAGGAGGCAGUUGUUCUGCUGCGUAAGGCAGCCACAGUUAAUGGUCGCACUUUACCUCCCACUGUUCAGGUGGAACAAUAUGAGGUCCCACCCGGACGGACUCGGUAUACUGCCGCUGACCUGCUUCGAACUCCAGAGAUGAGGAAAAGAACCCUCAUUCUCUUCUAUAUCUGGUUUGUUAAUGUGUUGGUGUAUUAUGGGUUGUCUCUGGGUGUGUCUGACCUUGGGGUAGACCUUUACCUUACUCAGUUUAUGUUUGGAUUAGUGGAGAUACCUGCAAGGACGCUAGUGUUGGUCCUUUUGCCCUGUAGUCGACGAAUCCCAUUAAGCGCUUUCCUUGCUGUUGGCGGAGCAGCGUGUCUACUCACUCUCACCAUCCCUGCAGACAGUUUUCAUAUCCGGACUGCUUUGGCCAUGGUGGGGAAAUUUGGAAUUACGGCAUCUUUUGCCAUCAUCUAUAUUUAUUCUGCAGAACUCUUCCCAACUGUUCUCAGGCAGACAGGUCUUGGUGUUGCUUCUAUGUUUGCGCGUAUUGGUGGAGUUUUAGCUCCCCUGAUAAACCUACUUGGACGUCAUGCACCUGUUGUGCCCAUGGUAAUAUUUGGCUCCACCCCUCUGCUUGCCGCAGUGCUUGCCUUGGGAUUACCUGAGACUGCCAGUCAGCCACUACCAGACAGUAUUCAUGAUGCCGAGAGAUUUUCUACUCAGAAAUAUGAUAGACAAGUUCCAGUAAAAACCGACCAAUCAUCAGGCAGCACAGAAGACCAGGAACUACAAAGUUUAGCAGAUGAGUCCAAAUAGACAUAAAUGAUCACAGAUGCAUAAACUAAAACACUAUGCAACCUUAUAUUUUUAAUCGUUCUACAUUUUACAUUAUCAAGUAAUUUGUUCAGGUUUUGAUACAAAACAUUCCUACUUUAUGUGACUUUUACAGACAUUUGAACGUGUUAAAAUAAUUUUGGAUGUAGGCUCUAAAUUUAACUGUUUUUAGCCGUAGAACCUACAAUGUAAAGUUGAAAACUGUAAAUAAUAGUGAACCUAAAAUCAAGCUAAAGCCAUCACUUACAUCCAUCCAACCACAUCCUGUUUAAGCAAUUAUAAAGACAUAUGCACAUGACAUUACAUUGAUGCAUUUAAAGUAUAUAUUUUAUCAUGUUGCAUACACAUUACAUAUACCAUUUUACCUGAUAAAUGUCUGUCUGUGUUUGUAAGGCACUUCGAAGGCACCACUGCUUGGACACGUGUAGCCUAUUGCAACACUUAUUUGAUAAAAAGGUUGAAUAAAUGCA